UGUGGGGAUUUUCCUCAGUCUGGUUCCGUCCAGGCCACCGUAGACAUUAUCGUAUUGUGUCCGUAUGUGUCUAUGUGUUUCAAAGCCCGGGAAUAGUGCGUCCAAUUGCUAUUAAAUUCGACCAAGUAAAGAAAUAUACACAAAAAUGCUUGCGGUCAAGCAGCAAAGCGAUACUAAGCGCCAGAAGCUGGACUCCGAGGGGGACUCCCAAGCCCAAUCGAAGUCGAAGGCACAACCACAAUCACAUUCCCAGGCCCAACAGUGCCAAGAUCAGGAUCUGAGGCUGCUCAAGCCCUUCGAUAUGCGAGUUAAGCAUCCUUUGGAGCACACUUGGACGCUGUGGUAUCUCGAGAACGAUCGCAGCAAGUCCUGGGAGGAAUUGCAGAACGAGAUCACCAGCAUUGACAUGGUGGAGGACUUUUGGAGUCUGUACAAUCACAUAAAGCCACCGUCAGAGAUUAAAAUCGGCAGCGAUUACUCUUUGUUCAAGAAGGGAACACAGCCCAUGUGGGAGGAUGAGGCCAACAAGUACGGCGGCCGCUGGGUCAUCAAUAGAGGGCGUGGCUCCAAAGUGGAGCUCGACAAGCUCUGGCUGGAUGUGCUACUCAUACUGAUUGGUGAGGCCUUUGAUCACACUGAAGAAGUCUGCGGGGCUGUUAUCAACUUGCGCGGCAAAACCAACAAAAUUUCGGUUUGGACCGCCAACGGGUACAACGAGGAGGCCGUCAUGGAGAUUGGCCUGAAGCUCCGGGAGUUGCUCUGCCUGCCGCCCCUCCAGCUGCAGUACCAGCUGCACAAGGACUCCAUGUCCAAGCAGGGAUCGGUGGUCAAAGCGGUUUACUGCCUGUAAGCCGAACGGUUCCGUUGCUGCUUCCAUUCCCAACCCAACAACAUCCACUGCCCAGGAGAACAAUUUCAACCAGAAGACACCACCCAAAGCCUGGCUGAUUUCAGCGUGUGUAUUCCAAAAAUCUUAAAAAAAAAAAA